AUGUGGUUCCAGCUGCUGUUUCAAGUAAUCGCAGUCCUCUUGAUGAUACUGUUCACAAGACAGUCGAAUGGCCUUAACUACCGAUUCAUUGCCGAGGAUGAUGAGUUCUUUGCAGAAUGCGAUAAAGCGCCCAGUAAUGCUCUGAACUUUCAUGGAAUGGCUGACCUUUCUCAAAUAACCUUCGCUCGGAAUGAUGGUAUAAUAGCCAUAUCGGGCAAUGCUACCGCAACCUGGCCUAUUAAACCUGGGGAUCGCAUUGAAGGCAAAGGUGUCAUGUUCUGGUACGAUCGCGGCAUCUGGCACCCAACACAAUUCAGUAUGACAGUGCAUGACUGCUGUGCCGUCAUGUACGACAAGCCGCAGUACUGGUAUAAAUAUUGGACAAAACAUAUAAUCAAUAGUGAAGAAAUAAAGGACCAAUGCUUUAAUCCCGGAACCAAAAUGUUACAUGAGCCUUUCGAACUAGACAUUAUAAUGCCGUUCACAGGCCUGCCCUUAAAUGGUCGGUACAAGGUCGUGACUACGCUUAGGGCAUUCGACAAGAGUAAUGUGCAGCGCGAUACAUCCGUUUGCUUACAAGCCAUUGGGGAAUUCGAAAGGCUAAACUAA